GGGAACGCAGCCACAGCCGUAGCAGCGCCCGGGCGGCUCACCUAUCUCCAGGUUCCCCCCUUGCGCCCGGGCGCUGAAGGCGGCGGGAUCGGGGCCAUGUUCAACCGCGGGUCGCGGCGCAGACGAUCGACCCGAGCCCUGCCUGAGUUGGAGGACCCUGACCGGGGCCAGCCGUGCCAGGCGUGUGGGGAGCAGUGCCCAGGCUUCCUAGUGCAUGGAUGGAGGAAGAUCUGCCAACACUGCAAGUGUCCCCGGGAAGAGCACGCGGUACGCAUGGUGCCUGUUGACUUGGAAAGGAUGAUGUGCCGCCUCAUCUCUGACUUUCAGCGUCACUCCAUCUCGGAUGAUGAUUCUGGCUGCGCUUCAGAGGAAUAUGCUUGGGUGCCCCCUGGACUCAAGCCUGAACAGGUAUAUCAGUUCUUCAGCUGCCUCCCAGAAGACAAAGUCCCCUAUGUCAACAGCCCUGGAGAACGGUACCGCAUUCGUCAGCUACUGCACCAGCUUCCCCCUCAUGACAGUGAGGCUCAGUACUGCAGCUCCCUAGAAGAGGAGGAGGCAAAGGAGCUGAAAUCAUUUUCGCAGCAGCGUAAACGAGAGAACCUUGGCCGAGGAACUGUCCGGCUCUUUCCUGUCACCAUAACUGGAGCCAUCUGUGAACAGUGUGGGAAACAGAUCUGCGGUGGGGACAUUGCGGUCUUUGCCAGUCGAGCCGGGCAUGGUGCCUGCUGGCACCCCCAGUGCUUUGUCUGUAGCACUUGCCAGGAGCUCCUCGUUGACCUGAUCUACUUCUACCAGGAGGGCAAAAUCUACUGUGGGCGCCACCAUGCCGAGCGCCUCAAGCCGCGCUGCGAAGCUUGUGAUGAGAUUAUCUUUGCAGAUGAAUGCACAGAAGCUGAAGGCCGUCACUGGCACAUGCGCCAUUUCUGCUGCUUUGAGUGUGAGGAGGCACUGGGUGGGCAACGAUACAUCAUGCGCCAACGUCGCCCCUAUUGCUGCCAUUGUUAUGAGAGCCUCUAUGCAGAAUAUUGCGACACGUGUGGGGAGCACAUUGGUAUUGACCAGGGUCAGAUGACCUACGAGGGCCAGCACUGGCAUGCCACCGAUGCCUGUUUCAGCUGCUCCCGUUGCCAGCAACCUCUUCUGAGGAAGCCUUUCCUGCCCAAGCAGGGGCAGAUCUUCUGCUCCCGGGCCUGCAGCCUAGGCGAAGACCCCAACGGCUCAGAUUCCUGUGACUCUGCCUUGCAAAGCACCCGCCCUCAGGAUGCUCGGAGGACCAGCUGGCAGCAGCGCCACAUUCAGUCCCAGGGCUCAUCGCCCUCCUCCAUCACCCGCUCCAUUUCCUUUGGGGGGCAGCCAGCACCAUCGGACUCUAUCCCGAGGAUCCGAAGGAGCUGGAGCGGCAUGCCCGGGGAUGAGGAAGAGGAGGUGGAGGAGGAAGAGGAGGAGCCCAUGGAAAUGGAGGAGCUCUCCAAUCCAGACAGCAAUGGAUCCGGCUGCAGCCAGAGUUGUGAGGCGCCAGUGGAACGGGCCUCCCGGGGAACAUCUACUUGCCUGCCACCAGCCACUGACCAGGAACCAGGAACAGGGACCAAGCUCCAGCCACGCUUCCAGCGCACCUCCCCCUUGCGCCAUUCCAUGCCUGAGCUGGGGACACCUUCCUCCAAAAUCCCUGACUGGAGCAGCAGUUCCGCUUCCAAAAUUCAGGCCUCUGCCUGGCCACGGCUCAGCGAGGGCACGGAGCCCGGGAUGGGCACUUUUGCCCGGGGGGGAGUACCCCGGGUUAGCUUCCGGGAACCCUUAGUCUCAGGAGAGCCUGGCACCCCUGGCCCCGAUCAAACCUCCCUGGAGACCCCACUGCUGCAGAAGGGGGGUGCCAUCCGAGGAAACCCUCGCUCCACUUCAGACAACUCGCUCAACCUGGGGAGCCAGGGCUGGAGGCCAAGGAAGGUUGGGGGGGGCAGGAGGGGAGCCAACCUCUCCUAUUCAGCCUCAGAGAGUGCUUUUCCUGCCUGGCACCGGCGCUACCCGCCCCGGGGAUGGGACUUCAGCUCUUCUGACUCCUCCGAUUCAUCCUCGGAGGAAGAAGGCUACUUCCUGGGUGAGCCAAUACCCCUGCCCCCCCAUCUGCGUGGCGGAGCCAGCUCCCCAGAGGUCAUGCCGCCCACUGAACCAACUCGUAAGCGGCAGCGCCGAAGACUGGGGGUUGUCCGGGACAAGAACUGCGUGGUGGCCUGAGCCGUCCCAGCUUUUGCCAUUGCGGUCCAGUCGCGGUCAGGCUUUGGGGCUUGUCGGAACCGUGAAAUGUUGAUCAUUGUCUGAGGGCCGCUGAAGCCGCUGGCCAUUCCUUCCUCCUCCUUGACCCAUGCCUCUUUGUCAGGGAUUCUCCUCGGAAAGUGACCUCUUCAUCGUCUGUCUUCUUCGUGACCGCUGAUUCUGGUGAAACCUUUCCUCAGGGAGAUUUGAGCGCUGUUUUUUCCCCACACUGACCUCUGAUCUUUAGACGUGACCCUUGUGUGAAGAAUCUUGAACUGUCUCUCUGUGGUGGUCUUUGAACUGUGGUAGUUUAUUUUCCAUGGUGGCCUUUUGACCUCUCGACUGUGACCUCUGAACACAGCUUUAACUCUGUCCUCUUGAAAGUUCAAGCGGUGGUCCUGAAAACCUCUGCACUGUGCCCUGUGACCUUCGAGCAGCAGCUGUUUACCUGGGAACCCUUGCACUUCGGUUCUGACCUUUUUACUGUGACCUCUGAAUAUUUGCACCAUUCCUGGGUGAUCCUUGGCCCUUGAUCCUUCGAGUUGCUAUUACUAAUGUAAGUCUCUAGCAAGGUAGCAAGUUUCAAGCUUUGGGAUACUGUUCCUUUAGUAGCAAGGUGUUCGGUAGUGAUAUGCGUGUGUCUGUAUGUGUGGUUGUGUGCGUACAUUGAGUGAGGCUGAACACUGUUCCCCAGCUUCCCACACUAAAAGUGGAACAUGGGCACAAGGUGUCUUUUAUGGGGUAAACCCCACAAUACAUCUUCCUAAUCAAACUGGACUUGUGAUUCAUUUUCCCCCCGUCUAGUCCCUCUGCACUGUGUGCAUUUCUCCAGUUUGCAGUUUUUAAAAAUUUUGAUUUUUUUUCUAAUUAAGAGUUUUAAUUUAAAUGAAUUGAAAUAAACUUCAUGAAAAUA